UGUUCGUUCUUUUCUCCGCAGGGCCGCGGCGGGAGCGGUCUUGGAGCUCGUCGCUGAGUUAUCCGGUGCCAUCCUGGUCGCUGCGGCGACACUCGCACCCGCCUCGCACUUCGUCAGCGACGUGGUCAUCUCCUCCGACGGCCAGUUCGCGCUGUCGGGCUCCUGGGACGGCACCCUGCGCCUCUGGGAUCUCACAACGGGCACCACCACCAGGCGCUUUGUCGGCCACACCAAGGAUGUGCUGAGUGUGGCCUUCUCCUCUGACAACCGGCAGAUCGUCUCUGGGUCCCGAGAUAAGACCAUCAAGUUGUGGAACACUCUGGGCGUGUGCAAGUACACGGUGCAGGAUGAGAGCCACUCGGAGUGGGUGUCCUGUGUCCGCUUCUCGCCCAACAGCAGUAACCCUAUCAUCGUCUCCUGUGGCUGGGACAAGCUGGUUAAGGUGUGGAACCUGGCCAACUGCAAGUUGAAGACCAACCACAUUGGCCACACGGGCUACCUCAAUACUGUGACUGUCUCUCCAGAUGGAUCCCUCUGCGCUUCUGGGGGCAAGGAUGGCCAGGCCAUGCUGUGGGAUCUCAACGAAGGCAAGCACCUUUACACGCUGGACGGCGGGGACAUCAUCAAUGCCCUGUGCUUUAGCCCCAACCGAUACUGGCUCUGCGCUGCCACGGGCCCCAGCAUCAAGAUCUGGGACUUAGAGGGCAAGAUCAUCGUGGAUGAACUGAAGCAAGAAGUUAUCAGUACCAGCAGCAAGGCAGAGCCGCCCCAGUGCACCUCUCUGGCCUGGUCUGCUGAUGGCCAGACUCUGUUUGCUGGCUACACGGACAACCUGGUGCGCGUGUGGCAGGUGACCAUCGGUACCCGCUAGAAAUCUACAACAGAGCUUUAGAAAUAAAACUGGUUCUCUGACUUUUA